AUGUCAUUCUACAAAUACAAAGACUUCAUUGAAGAGGGCGAUCUUGUCUUGGCUUUUAUAAGCAGAGGCCUUAUAAAGCCAUUCACUGUCAAGUCUGGAGAAUUUCUCAAUACAAGAUUUGGUAGCUUCGAGCAUGCUCUCAUGAUUGGAAUGAAAUACGGUACACAAAUGGGAGGUGUGAAAGAUAGAGGAUUCAUCCAUCUACUUCAUCCUUCUCCAGAACUCUGGACUGUGUCUCUUCCGCACAGAACCCAGAUUGUUUACACUCCAGACUCAUCAUACAUUGUUCAAAGGCUUGGAAUCACUAGUGGAUCCAGAGUCAUUGAGGCCGGUACUGGCUCUGCCUCAUUUACACAUGCAUUUGCUCGUACAUUGAGUGAUGACGGAAAGCUUUUCACAUAUGAGUUUCAUGAGCCUCGUUACAUCGAGGCUCGCAGAGAGUUGGAAGAACAUGGCCUCUUACUGAACAACUGUCUUAUCACGCAUAGAGAUGUCUGCAAUGACGGAUUUAAUAUAGAGAACCUUCCCGAAAAGUUUGCUAAGAAUGGUGGGUUAUGUUGUGAUGCCGUGUUCCUUGACUUGCCUUCUCCAUGGACUGCUAUUCCAAACCUAUCAUCUGUGGUGUCUAGUGAAACAAGAGUCGGAAUCUGCUGUUUCAGCCCGUGUAUCGAGCAGGUUGACAAAACAAUUGAAGCACUCGCAGAGCAUGGCUGGACCGAUAUCGAAAUGGUGGAAAUUGCCGGUCGUCGUUGGGAAGCAAGAAAGGAAAUGGUGCGUGAUGUUCUGGAUGUCAUCGAGAGAUUGAAACAAAUUCAAGGAAAGAAGACUCAGGGAAUUGAGAGCAAAAGGCAGGUUAAGUUGGAGGAGGAAUCUGAUAAGAAACGGAGUGCUGACCAGCUAGAUGCUGACUCUGCUCUGCCAGAGCCCUCUGGAAAAACAACCAAGUUCAAUCCAUUUGGCAAGGGAAUCAGAAUCAAGGAAGGUGAUGAGCAAUUUAAUUGGAAACAAGUUACGAAAGUUGAGACCGAGAUCAAGACUCAUACAUCCUAUUUGACAUUUGCAUACUUGGUCCCCACCAGAAGCUAA